AUGAAGAAGAAGGCAGUGGCCCUCGUGAGCGGAGGGAAAGACAGCGUGUAUGCCAUUCAUUGCGCGCGGCGACUCGGGUUCAGCAUACGCGCUGUGGCUACACUGCUUCCUCGGGAGAAUGCUGUGGAAACUGACAGCUACAUGUAUCAGUCUGUGGGAACAACUCUGGGUGCAGCGGUCGCCGAGUGCCUAGGCGUUCCGCACUACAGUGCUCACGUGAAGGGGCAGCCAAUAAAUACAGAAACUUUGCAGUACACCUUUGACCCAAACGACGAAGUUAAUGACCUCCAGCUCCUUUUGGAGCGAGUGAAAGAGGCUCACCCUGAAAUCAGCGCCGUGACAUGCGGAGCCAUAUUGUCAGAAUACCAGCGCCGCCGCCUUGAGUACAUUUGCGAAUCUGUCCGCUUGCUUCCCGUCUGCUUGAUGUGGUGCCGCGAACAGAAGGGUCUGCUCAGGAAUAUGUUGGACUGGGGCUUGCACGCUGUGGUGGUCAAAACUGCCUCAAUGGGGCUGUCAAAGCGGCACCUGGGCCGCCCACUUUCCGAUCUGCUGCCUCAUUUCCUCGAGCUGAACCAGCAGUACGAUUUCCACGUCUGUGGAGAAGCGUGUGGAUUUGCAUUUGAGCUCACCUUAUUCCAUUGGCUAUGUGUAAACGGCGCUGCAGGGGGGGAGUACGAGACGGUGACGUUAGACUGCCCGCUGUUCACCAGAGGUUCGAUUGCCGUCUCUGAUUGGAUGCAAGUGUGCCACAGCGACGACGCCGUGGCUCCCGUGUGGUUGCAGUCCCCAGUGGAGUGGAAGGUAGUGCCCAAGGAUCCCACAAGCUCACGACGUCGAGCUCGGUCCCAUGCAGUUCUGCAUGAUCUUGAAUGGCUUCGAGUAAAGCCCUUCCUGGAUCUGAUUGAUGUGGCUGUCAAGGAAUGGGGCGUAGAGGCGCAGAACGGGGACUCCUCUGCUCCUUCGCCACUGUGUCAGACGGGUCCUGAUCUUGGGAGCGCUCCGCCAAGCGUUGGUUCUCCAAGCGAAUGCUGCGAAUGGACUUGGCACUUCCCAGCCUGGUCCUUAGGGUACACCCUCACUGGAGAUAUAUGUGUGACUCGCAGUGAGGAAGGUGGGGAAGCAAAAGGCGGCAAUUUAUCUCCACCGAAUACGUACUGGAUACCGCUAGUUACAGAGCGUAUGAGCACCUGGCUAGACGAACAGCUGCGUAAAACACACCGGAGUGGAGUGCGUUCACGUAUUAUUGGAGCAAUCUGUCAGGCCUGCUGCCCAGACUUUAUCGGCAUCCCCGAAAAUGUUUUUGAGCACUUGGGCAUCAAGCCUGUCAGUCUGACAGUCGUUGUUGCUCCGUUGCCGCCGGGUGUUAAACUGCGGCUCAAGUUUGUGCUGAGUAGCCCGGAAGGCGUCGCCGUCCCCCCUACCCUCUCCUUGAAGUCCUUAUCCGACGAUUCAGUGGUGCACGUGCACAGUUUGAAUUUGUGGGUCCCUCCAUGUGCUGAGUUGGAUGCGGUCCAUCGUCAAGGCACUUGCUGUUCGUGUCAAGGAAUGCGCUGCGAGUUGGCAUCUGAGAGCUCAUUCAGCGUGUCUUAUCUGCUCCUUCGUGGUUGCGACGGCCGAUUACCCUUCACCUGCGACUUUCCCGAUGAAGUUCGCGAACCUAAUCGGAUCCCCUCGAUAUGGACAAUUGAAGAGUAUCGAGAGAGCAAACCGGCUUUUUACACCGCACUGCAGACCGUCAACGCAUUCAUCAGCAUGCAAUACACUCGUCACCUGUGCUACACUGGCGGUUCCCACAGGGGCUUUCCCCACGAUGAUUGUGAACGUUUCAUAGAUGAGGCAGAAUUGGGAAGAGCUGAUUCAACAAUAUCGCAAAGUACACACUCAACAGCACCACGUGCUCUGCACGUGACGUCGUUGCUUUUUAUGGCUCCUUGCAUUGUUGUCUUUGUCAAACUCAAAGAAGGAAAUGAGGAGGCCAAGACAAAGUCUGACAGGAAAUUGGCGGCUGUAAAGCGGCUUUUGCAUCUUCUCAUUUCAAGAUCCAGCCACGGUGAUGAGGGCUCGUUAUCGGGUGAUGAUACAGAGAGCCAGACCAUCCUCAUCGUGGCGGAGGCACCAAGUCUACCGGGAAAAGCAAGGGUUCUGAUGCUUCCCAUGUUUGACAUAUCACCCCGGCAGCGAGAUAGGGGAUGUUCACAGGCGCGCGCUGCUCAGCACGUGAGACAGCAGGAGGAGAAAUAUACGGUAGCUGUCACGGUGGUGGAGCGUCGUCUAAAGGUACGAAGAGACCCAGGAGCUACGGUGACUCGCGGUGGUCUUCACAGAAUUCGUUCUAUGGCGGUGCGCCUUUCAUUACAAGAACAACUUAACUACACCGGUCGCUAUACGUGGGAAGAUUUGGUGGGGCAACUUUGCAGCACUCUGACACAUUGGCUCAAAGAGCAGUCGUUGAGAGAGGGCAUCGCAAUUUUGAGCUCUGACGACGCUGAAGAAGAUUCUGAAGUAGCUACGACCGUUGGGGGCACCAAACGGAUGCUUGAAGUAUGUGUAUUCUAUUGCACUUCCUACGUGCACUCGCUUCAGACAGAUUCGGAGUCGUUUGAAGCAAACUGCCGGCAGCGCAUCGAAGCAGGUUGCUGUGAGAGUGCAGUGGCUUCCUCCGAGUUUUUGCCCAUCAUAACGUUCUUCCCUGUGUUAAACCUAGCUGGGGGAGUUUUGGAGCUCGUUGGUCACACUUUAUCGGCAUACCCUAAAUAG